UAAGCAAGAUCCACUAUGUUUGAAGCACGUUAGACAAAUUCGUAGUCGAGUAACGCGCGGCGGGCAAUUGUCAACGCCUCGUGUUUUUUUUUUAUUUUUAUACAUCAAUCCCUCUUUUUUGUACUUUUUGUUUUCGUGUCAUCAUCACACGUGGUUCACGGAAAAAAGUUUUUUUGUGAUAAGAUUUUUUUUUUUUUUUGAAAUUAUAGUUUCGGGGUUUGUUUUGUUAUUAUUUUUUUUUGACAAUCGGAAAUAUGAAAUUUACCAGGAGAUGGCCAACAUUGGCUGCAACAAUUGUUACCCUGCUAUUGCCCAUUAUUCACGCAGAACCUCCAGUAUCAGGAAGUUAUCUUCCUCCAUCGACAAGUUACGGAACACCGAAUCUAGGAGGUGGUGGGGGCAGUUUCGGAGGUGGUGGUGGUAGUUUUGGAGGUGGUGCACCUUCAUCCAGCUAUGGAGCGCCUUCAGGCGGGGGCGGAGGUUUUGGAGGCGGUAGUUUCGGAGGUGGUGGCGGCGGUGGCUUCGGAGGUGGUGCGCCUUCCUCCAGUUAUGGAGCACCUUCGAGACCAUCGUCCAAUUAUGGACCACCACCGUCCAGACCAUCGUCGAAUUAUGGACCACCGUCGGGAGGUAGACCGCCAUCCCCCAGUUAUGGAGCACCAUCGGGAGGUUCGGGAAUAGGUGGCGGAUUUGGAGGCGGACAUGGCGGAGGUGGUUUUGGAGGUAGCUUCGGAGGAGGACAUGGAGGAAGCUUCGGAGGCGGUGGUUUCGGUGGUGGAGCACCAUCGAGACCAUCGGGAAGCUAUGGCCCACCGCCUUCUAGACCCUCUGGAAGCUAUGGACCACCACCAUCCCGACCAUCUGGAAAUUAUGGACCACCACCAUCGAAACCCUCGGGAAGCUACGGACCACCUCCCUCGAGACCUUCGGGUAAUUACGGUCCUCCACCAUCGAGACCAUCGUCCAGCUAUGGACCACCAUCGGGAGGUUCGGUCUUUGGAGGUGGACAAGGAGGUGGUUUCGGAGGUAGCAUCGGAGGGGGACAUGGAGGUGGUUUCGGAGGUAGUUUCGGAGGUGGACAAGGAGGAAGUUUCGGCGGUAGCUUCGGAGGUGGACAUGGAGGAAGCUUCGGAGGCGGUGCACCGUCCCGGCCAUCCGGAAGUUAUGGCGCUCCUCCUUCUAGGCCUUCGGGAUCUUAUGGAGCACCAUCCGCUGGAGGCGGUGGUUUCGGAGGUGGCGCUCCAUCCUCCAGCUAUGGUGCACCUUCCUCCGGAGGUGGUUUCGGCGGAGGUUCCGGAUUCGGAGGUGGAAGUUCCGGUGGUUACUCCGGAAGUGCACCAUCGUCCAGUUACGGUGCACCAAGUGCGGGUGGAAGUAGCGGAGGUCAAAGUUACGCCAGUAACGGAGGUUACCAAUACUAAAAAAUUCAGAUUCACUUCUUAGUGAAUAUUCUGAACGACGCUAGAUUCAUAAAAAAAAAAUCUGGUCAAUUGAAGUCACUUCGAAAUUUUUUUUUUUUUAUUGUCAAGGACGUUUUAUCACUGCCACUAUUUGUAUAAAUCCGCUCGAUCAUUGAAAAUUCAUCAUCAACUUCUAAUUUGCCAUAUAAAUAUAUAAAUAAAAAUUGUUUGAAUUUAAGAGAGAAAAAAAAGAUAAAGAAUGUCAAUUGACCAUUGAACAUAAAAAAAGAAGACGUCCAAAGAAAAGGAAAACCAAUUAGAAAUUUUAUCGUAAAAUUUGUAUUCAAGUGGAUUUCCGAACUUGAAUGGAGAAAAGAAAUUUUUUUUUUAAAGACGAGAGCGGUUUUUUAAAUGAAGGAAAAAAAUGAAGCUUUUCCUCCAGCACACUUGUAAUUUAUUUAUUUUGUAAAAAAAAUAUGCUUUUUGUACUAAUAAAAUUGCUACGCUAAAAAUA